AUGGUGAGCAUGAGACAUCUUCUUCUCUUUGGUUUCUUCUCUUUGUCACUCUGCUUUGCCACGGGUGCUCACAAUAGAAGCUUCAGUGCAAAUGUCUCGGUUCAUGUUGGAGUGGUUCUUGAUUUGAAUUCACAAGUUGGAAAGAUGGCGCAGAGCUGCAUUUCCAUGGCAGUCUCUGAUUUUUAUGCCAAGAAUUCUCAUUAUAAAACAAGGAUGGUCCUUCACACCAGAGAUUCGAAGAACGACGUUAUAACUGCCGCAUCUUCUGUCCUGGACUUGAAGAAAGAUGUAGAAGUACAAGCAAUUAUUGGACCUCAAACAUCAUCUCAAGCAAAGUUUGUUGCAUACUUCGGUCAGAGAUUUCAAUUGCCCAUUGUUUCUUUCUCCGCGACAAGCCCUUCUAUCUCUCCAGAAAAAACUGCUUAUUUUAUACGUACAGCCCAAGAUGACUCUGUCCAGGUUAAAGCCAUAUCAGCUAUUAUCCAAGCCUGUGGAUGGAAGGCAGUGGUCCUCAUUUAUGAAGAUACUGAAUAUGGGAGUGGGAUCAUCCCUUAUUUUGUUGAUGCCUUCCAGGAGAUUGAUACUAAAAUUUCAUAUAGGAGUGUCAUUUCUUCAUGUGGCAAUGACAGUCAAAUUCUCAUGGAGCUCAGUAAAUUAAUGAACAUGCCAACUAGGGUAUUUAUAGUGCAUAUGAGAGCUUCAUUAGGAUCCCUCUUCUUUACCUGGGCCAAAGAAGUAGGAAUGAUAAAUGAAGGUUAUGCAUGGAUUGUCACAGAUGGAUUAUCCAGCUUAUUGGAUCCAAUAGAUUCAGAUGCCAUUGAUUCAAUGGAAGGUGUGUUGGGUGUAAGACCUUAUGUACCCAUAUCAAAAGAGCUCAAAGAUUUCAAGUUUAGAUGGAAAAGUAAAUUGAAUAUAGAGAACCCAAGUAAUCAAAUAACAGAGCUUAGCCUUUUUGGGAUAUGGGCCUAUGAUACUGUUCAGGCACUAGCUAUGGCAAUAGAGAGAGUGGGGGCUAUGCAUCCUUGGUACUUCAAGCAUUAUGAAAACCUUACUGAACUUGCAAAAUUUGAUGCAACUGUAAUGGGUCCAAAACUUCUCAAAAUGAUUCAAGCUACUGGAUUUAGAGGUUUGAGUGGUGAAUUCAAUCUAGUGAAUGGACAAUUGCGGGCUUCAGUCUUUGAAAUAUUCAAUGUGAUAGGCAAAGGAGAGAGAUUGGUUGGAUACUGGAAUCCAGCUAGUGGAAUUUCACGUGAACUAAAUGUAACUAGUAAAAGAAUGUAUUCAAAUUCCAUGGAUGCUUUGCGAACAAUCAUUUGGCCAGGUGACUCCGCAACAAUUCCAAGAGGUUGGGUAAUUCCAACAAAUGGAAACAAACUGAGGGUUGGAGUUCCAAUGACAAGCGGUUUUACUGAAUUUGUCAAAGUAGACCUUGACCCUUCUACCAAUAGGACAACUGUCUCAGGGUUUUCCAUAGAUGUGUUUAUUGCUGUUAUGGAGGCAUUACCAUUUGCAGUCCCUUAUGUUUUUAUUCCAUUCAUGAAGACUAAUGGAAAAAGUGCAGGGAGUUACGAUGAACUCCUCUAUCAAAUCCGUCUGCAGGAAUUUGAUGCUGUGGUGGGAGAUGUAACAAUCAUAGCGAAUCGAUCAUUGUAUGUGGAUUUUACAUUGCCUUAUACUGAAUCAGGAGUAGCUGUGGUAGUACCAAUCAAAGAUGAUCAUAGGAAGAAUGCUUGGAUAUUUUUCAAGCCUUUGACUUGGGAUCUGUGGCUGACGAUUUGGCUAGCCUUCAUCUUUACUGGCAUUGUAGUUUGGGUACUUGAACACCGAAUAAACACAGAGUUCAGGGGCCCACCUGGACAGCAACUUGGAAUGAUAUUCUGGUUCUCCUUCUCAACACUCGUCUUUGCUCAUAGGGAGAAGGUGGUAAACAACUUGUCAAGGUUCGUGUUGAUUGUAUGGGUGUUUGUGGUGUUCAUUCUGAUGCAAAGUUACACUGCAAGCUUAACAUCUAUGCUAACUGUGCAGCAGUUGCAACCGAAAAUUACUGAUGUAAAGGAGUUGAUUAAGAAUGGAUAUUAUGUGGGGUACCAGAAAAAUUCUUUUGUAUUAGGGCUCCUAAAGAGGAUGAACUUGGAUGAGUCCAAGCUCAGGCCCUAUACAUCAAGUGAAUAUGAUGAGGCCUUGUCCAAAGGAAGUCAAAAUGGUGGUGUUGCUGCUAUUGUGGAUGAAAUUCCUUAUAUCAAACUCUUCCUUGCAAAGUAUUGUUCUAAGUACACCAUUGUUGGACCCACAUACAAGACUGAUGGGUUUGGCUUUGCUUUCCCAGUGGGCUCCCCUUUAGUUUCCUAUGUAUCCAGAGCAAUCUUGAAUCUAACAGAAGGAAACAACAUGGAUAUGGUUGAGCAGAAGUGGUUUCAAACCACCUGUGAUGACCAAAGUACAACAGUCUCUUCAAACAGUCUUAGCCUCAGUAGCUUUUGGGGCCUCUUUCUCAUCACAGGUGUUUCUUCGGCAUCGUCACUCUUCAUAUUCUUAAUUUCCUUCAUUUACAAGCAUCGAAAUAUUUCAUCAAAUAUAGGUUCAGGAAAUUCCUUUUGGCGAAGAUUGGUCACCUUGGCAAAAUACUUUGAUCAGAAAGAUCUCUCACAGAUCACAGGAUCCAUGGAUCAACAGAAAAUGGAAAUUAGAAUCGUUGAAGAUUUAUCAAAUUUUGAUGGUUCACAGAUGCCUUCAAGCAUUUCAAUCCAGACUUCUCAAGACAGUGUUCUAGAAGGAGAGGUAGAAGGAGACCUCUCUGCAUAG